GUGUGUUUCGGCCCAUGCUAUCAUGUAGGAGUCUUCCGUUAACCCGUGCCGUUGUAAGUGGCAAGUGAUUAGCGGCGAUUCUAUUUUGAUGAUGUUGUGACGCAAUUAGUGUCAUUAUCUUCUUCCUUUGAUUGGUGAGCAUACUAUGAACAUGUGCGUCCUACAUAUCAUGAGGGUAUGACUUACCAUGCCAACAAAUCUUUAGAUCUUCUACAACGAAUCAUCAGCGAGGGCAGUGACUCCAGCUCCGGGUCCGACUGGACAGAGAGUGAACAGGCAGCUGAUUCGGGUUCAGGACAGGACGGCGCUAGCAGUGGAGGAGUUGCUGAGGAGAGUCAGAACAUCACAGCAGACGUCGAAACUGACAUCACAGCAGACUUCAAAACUGGCAUCACAGCAGACGGCAAAACUGACAUAACAGCAGACGGCAAAACUGACAGCAGUUUAUGCAAAGAGUCUGUGAAAGGCUCUGUAAUGAACAAGAUGGGAAACACUGUGGGCAUUUCCCAAGAGAGUGAAGAGGAGGUGAACAGAAAGUAUGAGCAGUUUCUGAAAGGUGGACAGCUAAUUGAGAACGAGGAAGAAAAUGGGAGAGAGGUAGUGUUGGAGAAGAUAGAAGAGGAAAGUGGUGGAGAUUCAUGGCCGGUGGUAAAAGAAAAAUCAGGACCAUACCGAGAGCGGCAUCUUAGAAAUAAUAUUCAAGAAAAAUCAGAACCGUACCGAGAGCAGCGUCUUAGACAUAAUAUUCAAGAAGAAAAUGACUCACGUUUCGAAAAAACUUCUAAAGUGGAGAGUGAAGAUUCUGGGAUCAAGAAGAAAACAAAACCAAGGAAGAAGAAAAGAAAGGUGAAGAAAGCAUUUGUGGUGGUGGAAAACGGGGAACACGAAGAUGGAAAACUAGACAGUGGUGAACAGGCAUCUGUCAAUCAGGAAAACUGUGACCACCAGAACGCACGGUACAGCAAGAAGGAAGAAAGCACAGACCAGGACUCUGUGAGUGACAGGCAGGAGAUCAUGAGUGAUCAGGGACCCUCGACACAAAACCAGAAACGUCGGAAGCUGACCAAGCGGGCUCAGAUUCGCAAAUUCCGGUCUCUGGAUAUUAAUCCGAACCUGUUCUACGAGGAGCGACUGCAGCAGAAGUACGAGGAGCUCCGCGAGCUGGUGCAGACAGGCAUCAGCCAGCAUGACGUGUCGCGGCAGUACCUGCGGCAGAUGGAGGUCCUACGGCAGCAGUACGCCAGCGUCAGUCACGGGAUUCCCCCCAGUGGGAGGCCGGUCCUGAGAGAUGUGUCCAGACAAACCCACAGUAAUGACCCGCCGGAGAGAUCAGAAAGCGAUCAUGCCUACAGCACAAUAAGGAUGCUUCAGGUGACAAACCAGCGCAGGUUUUCCAACCUGAGACCCCGGUCAGCAGCCCCUAGCAAGGAAGAACAUUUCAGGGACUCACGGUCCAGACCAAAAUCUGCCGCUCCUACGAGACAUGAUCAGUCCAGAGAGAGAACACCAUUGAGGCCAGGCAGCGGUAAAACAGACUCCACCUACAGCAACAGGAACAAUAGUAACGGCGUGAGGAACAGGUCUUACUCACCUAGAAGCAGACGGCAAAAUGGUUUUUCCGAUUCACCUAGAAGCAAAUCUGCUGACAGCGAUUCUGCAUCUGAUGGACAUGGUCAUCAACAUGGUGGAUUUUCACACUCAGAUUACCAGCUGAAGGACACAGAUAAUGAGACUAUUAAGGAAUGGCUGAAAAGGAAAAAUGUUCUAAUUAGGAAGCAGAAGGUCGAGGAACGUAAAAAGAAGCGAGAGGAGCGGAAGAAGGAACAAGCUAUUGCAAUGGAGAAGGAGAAGAAGCACAUGGAAUCCCAACAGAAGGUUGAGGUGUGGAUGAAAGCUAAAAGGCAGGAGGCAAUAAAAACGAAAAAAGAGGAUAGAUGUUACAAAAAACAAGAGAUGCAGGAAAGAACCAUGCAAGAUGCCUAUAAGGUUACCAUGGUUUCUGGACAAGGUUUUAACUAUCCCCCUGCUCCACCACUGUACAAAACGAAACAUGUUGUUCGACCAGGAACCACUGCAGCUGACAUGAAGCCAAAGUCAGCAUCAGAACUCCCGGUUGCUGGAGAGGAAACUGCAGACAAUGUGCAAAUAGAAUUGAAUAAGAGAAGACUAGAGGAGGAUGAAAAACAGCAAGCAACACAGGCACAAAAGAUACAGAUAGAUGGUCCUCACCCUCCAACAACCAAGUUUGUCUACAAACGACCAGUCCUUGGAAGGGUCAGGCUGAGGGUUCGGCAGCAGACACCAGACAAGAAUAGCGAACAGGCAGGGAGAAGAGAGAAGAAAUUGGAAACACAAGUAAAAAGAGAGGAAAUCAAAGUUAGAAAGUCCUACGAUGAGUGGUUAAAAGAAAAACAAAUUUCUAAUAACGAACGACGCAAAGAUCUUUCUAAACAAAACAAAAUGUCCAAAUCUAAUCCAGAACUAGUACGAAGAGAUGCCAAUUUGGAACAGAGGCAUGUCACUGAUGUUGAUGUAAAUAAAACGUAUAAUCCUGAUGAUUUAGAUGAAUUAACACAUAGACUUGUCAGUGAAGUGUUGAGUAGUCUUGAGGAUGAAGAAAUUGAAGAAACUGAAGAUGCUAAGUCCGAUAACUUCCUUCAAGUGUCUGGAUCUAAAGCCUCUCUGUCUGCCAGACCAAAGUCUGCAGCUCCAGCCCCCGUGCCUUCUCUACAGAUGUCUAAAUCACCACGACGACCAGCCAGUGCGAAACCUCACCCCAAAGCAGUCAAGGAGAACGGAGAACAAGAUUCCAGCGUCCCAGGACUGAAAUUGCCUUUUUCCCCAGAACUGGGCGUUCCAAAAUAUGUCGAGUCUAGACAGCGGAAGCUGUUCUCACCAAAGCUGUGGGAAAACCCAGAAGAUGGCAUGAGACCAGAACCACAAGGAUGUGAUGCUACAGACCAGAAUUCAUCAACAGUCACAGAGGAGAGUGCGAGAGAUGAGUCAUCGGCCCACUCUCACGACUCACAGAGGUUCAAGAGAGUGUCGUUCAGUGAAACAACCACUGUGAUAGAAGAAGACCUGCCUAGCUCAGAGUCACCCGGUACCGAUGAUCCGAGCUCAGACUCUGCAGCACCUGGUGUACAACUAUACAGUCUUAGCUAACUUUAUAUAUCAGUCGUUCAUUCAGAUUAAUUAGGUUUUUAUUUUUUUAAAUAAAUUAUAUUUAUACUAGAUAUAUGAGUAACAGAGUAAUUAGAAAUAUUGGCAUGCUUACUUUUUUUUAAAUAGAACAUUAUUAUACAUUACCAAAUAUGUCCAUGUUAAAAAAAAAAAUAUUUACCCUUUUGUAUAGAGAUCUCAAAAUAAAAUGUUGUAAAUUAUUAGUUAUGGUGGAUUUUGGGAUUUGGUGGGGGUUUUUAAAUAACAAUAAAAAAAAAAACAUUAUUAGUGAACCAUUUUUCAUGGCCAUCAAUUUUUUUUUUUUUAAACUGCAUUUAAAUGGCUGUUUGGCAUUGUAUACUGUUGACAUUCCAUGUACUUUAGUAUGGGUACCCAUGGCUGGUCGACUAGUUGCUUCACGCAAUGUCCUAGACUGCGACUGGCAGGGUGACAGGGGCCAGUAUCUAGCUCAGUUGGUAGAGCAUUCGCCCGAGUUGCUUGAGUCAAAGGAUCAUAUGCCCUCAGUGGACCAAUUCUGUGGUUUUUUCUCACCAUGUUAGUGCCCCACAACUUGUAUAUCAAAGGCCAUAUUAUGUGCUGUUCUGCCCUAUUUAAAAUGUCAAUUUUUGUGCAGAACUAGGGUAGUCAAAGAUGCUUUCCAUUGUCUAAAACUAGCAGCUUAACCCCUAAGUUUUUUUCUGAUUUACUUUAAGGGAGUAAGUUGUAGUAUUAAUAUCCAUGGUGAUUGAAAUGCUGUGUGUAGCAGCAGUUGUAGCCACAUUUUACUACUGCCAUCAAUGGGAUUUCGUUUAUACACACUUAUAGGAAAUUUGCUGGAUCUGCUUGUUUGAAAUUUCUUGCCAUUGUAACAUAUCCUCAGAAUCAUCAUGUACCUUGGCAAAAGUUGCACAAUAACAAAAUAUAUUCUAUUCAUUUUAUCAUCGGACUAAUAACGGACAACACAAGAUGCAAGUAUAUUAGUUUUUUGGGGUUUUUUAAUGAUUAUUGAAAGUAAUGUGUAGAAUCCUUAUGACAAAGGAGUCAUGAUUUCUUUAACAAAAAUUAUUUAAAUGCCAAAUGUUUUAAAUCCUUUUCACCGAAUACUGGAGUCAAAAUUAGUUUGUGGAAUGGAAAACCAUCUUACUUUAUUAUAUUUCAUGAUAGAAGAAAAUGGUAGAAAUGGAGAAAGAGUUCUGAAAAUGAGUCUCAAAAUUGGACUUGUGGCAUUUUAACAGCAAUAUGGAAGACUUGAGAUAGAUAUGGAUAAAAACAUAAGAUUUAUAUAUCAUCACUUCUAACAAUUAAGAAUUCUUGAUAUAUCUGAAAUAUACUGUCAGAAAUAAGAUGGAAACCAAAAGCUGCUUGUGAAGUUGAUUAUCAGAACGCAUACUGUGUAUUUUGAGUGGCAUUUUGAGCUUUGAAUUACUGUAAAAAAAAUUAGCAUCGAGUUACUAUAAUUAUAAAAAAGGGUGUGUUUAAAUGCUGAACUUAUUUAGUCUAAUAUUAAACCAUAAGGACUUGUAGCAAGACCCCAUCCACUUGUCCAUCCUAUUGUAGAAUUUUCAAUUGUAUCAUGUCCCAUCCCAUUCUCAGUUCUGAAACUAGGAAUAAAACAAGUCCUUUUGGUGUAAAGAUUAUUUUAAAAAGAAUUAUUUAUAGUAGAUGCUAUGUAAUUCAGUAUUAAUGCUUUGUGAUAAAAAAAAAAAAAUUGUAUUUUUAGUAGCCAUUAAAUUAAGCCGUCCAUAAAAAGUGAUUCAUCUGCUGUAAAGCUUUGUAUAUAUGCACUAAUAUAAGUGUGCCAAUCAGCAAACAAUUGUGUCUUUUUAAUACUAAUAAUAUUAUAUCAUAACUAUUAUAUGCAGUUUAGUUAUUAUGCUUCAUGUAUUUGGAAAUUAUAGAUCUAAAAUAAGCAAAAUAAAUAUGUUGUGGCAAAAUAUUCAAAGUAUUCAGGGCUAGAUCGGAUUGUACAGAAACUUUUGCCAAAUUUUCUAUUGAACUUCUAAAAUUACUGAAACCCAGUGAUUUUUCUAACAAAAUGUCAGUUAUGACAUAAAAUUAUUUUGCCAAGUUAAAAUACAAAUUAGCCAACUGCUUUCAACCUUUGCAGUUGGUGAGUGCAUGAACUAGCUAUGGUAUUGAAGAUAGGGAAAUUGCUAGCAGUUUAUUAAAAUUAUAGAUUCUGCCACAGGAAAAAAACCAGUCUUCAAAUGUCAAAAAAAAUAAAAUAAUUAUUGCAAUAUACAUGUAUUUGUAAGAUGCAAUACAUUAUCUGUAAUAUAAAACAUUUGUACAAUUUAAUAUAUUAAAUUUUAUGCUUCAACCAAGAUUAAAAAAACCCCUAAUAUCAUGUUUUUUUCUUUGACCAACUUUGUCCAGGUUAUAUACAAUUAAUUUUCUUUAGCAUUCAUUAUAUGUGUAAAUAAUUAGUUUUCUUCUAAAUUUUGUAGGAUGAAUUUGUGCUAUGCACAUUGUAUGAUGAAAUGACAUGCUGAACCUUUGAACUAGGGGCACAGUAAACUGUUUUUGAAAUUGUGAAGAACUUUUUAGUGUUGCCUUCAUGUGUUUAGUCGGCAAAUAACAUCAGAUUACACAGCAGCUGUAUUUACUGGCAAAACAAUUUCUUACUUUCAAUUGCAAGAAUAAUGUAUGCUUACAUUUUCAGUGAUAAAUGUCUUUUUAUUAUUGCGACAUGCAUUAUUAUGCAUGCUCAGCAAAAAUGUGAUAGAAAACAAUGCAAUCUUAGCUAACUUUAUUUAUCGGUGGUUUAUUCAGAUUAAUUAGGUUAUUUUUUUAAAUAAAUUAUAUUUAUACUUGAUAUAGUAUAAUGUUGAGAGUACUUAGAAAUAUUGGCAUGCAUGCUUUUUUAAUAGAACUUUAUAAUAGACCAAAUAUGUCAAUAUUAGGAAAAGACAUUUUACCCUUUUGUAUCAAGAUCUCAAAAUAAAAUGAUUUUGUUAUGGUAAUUUUUUUUUAAUUUUAAAUUUAAAAAAAAUAUAUAUAUUUACCGUUUCUUUAACAUUUCAAAAGUUUGAAACUACAUUUGUAUGGCUCUGGUAUAUGGUAAAUCAAAAGCCAUGGUAUAUACUGUCCUGUCCCAUUUAAAAAUAGGAUGACCAUUUUUGUACAGAACAAGGAUAGUUACACUUUGUUAUGUCUGAAUCCAUCAGCUUCACCCCUAAAUGUUUCUGAUUUACUUGAGUAAUGGGUUGUAGUAGUUAUAUCCAUGGUGUAUUUCUUGAUUUAGUGUGUAGCAUUUUAGCCAUGUUACUAUUGCAUACCUGUCAAAUGUCACACAUUUGGCGCGAGUCUCACACAUUUGUAAUAACAAUCCGUCUCACUCGUUGCUACUAUAAUCUCAUGCUUUUUUUAAAUAAAAAAUAUUUUAUAAA